UUCAUGCUCACCACAGCACAGAGACCGCCCUCGUAAAAGUGUUCAAUGACAUCCAUAUAAAUACGGGCUGUGGGAGAACCACAGUGCUGGUUCUGUUGGACUUCAGUGCAGCUUUCGACACUGUUGACCAGUGUUGUAGUACUCGAAAACGGUCUUGGUCUCGAGACCGGUCUUAAGACCAUUUUUUGAUAGUCUCGGUCUUGUCUCGGACUCGACCACAUUUGGUCUCGGUCUUGUCUCGGUCUCGGACAUUGAGGACUCGGUAUUUUAUUUCAAGACCGGUCAAGACCACAACUGUGAAAAUAACGCUAAAUCAUCAGUAUCAAUUUCUUUAAGAUCCUUCUUUUUAUUGGAUGCACUCCUGAUUCAAAUCCAAGCAAUAACCCGUCUCAUUGGUAAAUGCAUGUUGUUGUUUUUUUAACUGCUGUCGCCCCACCCCCUUUCACCUUGAGCGCGGACUGCAGCACUUCGAUUGAAAGUUACAAGUGGUUGUCUGAGAAGGGGAUAAGAUGUCGGCCAAAUCAUCGGUUAUAAAAUUUGGCUAUUUAAAUCACAAACAAUACAUUUGUAAAGCAACAUUGAGAAAAAAGCAUACAGCGCAAUGUAAGUUCUGCAGUGCUUCACUAUCAGAGACGGUGGGGACUACGUCCAACUUUUAUCGACACCUUGAAAGAAAGCACAAAGAAAGGUAAGCUGUGUGUAAAAGUGAUAUUAGGAAAGCUAGCAAGUUAACGUAAGCAAUUUCCUCGGUAUCAAAAUUAUUCUACCCGGCCAUCACACAGUUCUUAUUUCAAUAUUAGCUACACAUAUUAAGUUAGCUAAAGUUAUAUAUGUAUGCUUUAUCUUUUAGGGUGAAUGUUCUCCUUUCUUAUCCGCUAUUUGCCACCUAGCUUGAUGCACAAGUUGUCACCUAGUAGUGUUUGUGAAAACAUGUCGGACAUUACUGAUUUAAUUUAAAGAAGUGUUGAUUCGUGUUGUGCAUGGACAACGCUGUUUCAAUUACAGCUUUCCUGAACAUGUCUCCGUAUUUCUGUCGGCUUCAUGAGUGGAUUGCAGCACAUAGGUGGAAGCAGAGCAAAAAUAAAAGUCUGAAUAGAUAAUCGUAAUAUAUUUUGGUUCUUGUUCAAUACUUCUCAUGAAGGAGAAGACUGAUGUGGAAGUCUCUACCUAUGUUUAUUAAUAACCAUAAUAAGGUGACGUACGUAACCAUGACAGAACAAUGGUUCGUAAUGGUUCUGUCAAUAAGUCACCAUGACAGAACGUAAUGGUUCGUAAUGGUUCUGUCAAUAAGUAACCAUGACAGAACAUAAUGGUUCGUAAUGGUUCUGUCAAUAAGUAACCAUGACAGAACAUAAUGGUUCGUAAUGGUUACGUUCUGUAACGUAACCAUGACAGAACGUAAUGGUUCUGUCAGCAUGUGCUGGCUUGUGCUGGUGGGUAACCCCAAUGUCUCCAAAGCCAUCAUAUAUAAUUUAUUAAUGUGCCAAACCUGAUAUGCUUAACCUUAAAUAAGUUGUAUUUUCUUGCAUUGGUCCUACAAUUAACAUUAUUAAGGGAAGUAAGCAAAUGCAGUUAACCUUGAGAGACUGAGUCGACUGGACAUAUAAUAACAUCCUGUUCCUAAGUUAGAUUUUUUCUUUCUCAUGAAAAACAAUUAUGAGACAGUGAAUGAAUUCAUUCACUGUCUCAUAAUUAUGAACUAAGGUCAAUGUAAGUUACAUUGACCUUAGGAGCUGGAUAUAGCUCCUGACAUUGAAGAUAAGACGUGGAGGUGAUGCUCUGUUGUUUGGCUGUGGGAACUAGUCUAUAGAUAUAAGCAGAGAGUGAAGAGACUAAUAUGCCUCACCUUAUGAAAAAUUAAUAAAUUAGUUGCUUUGUAUGGAUAUAGGCAAAUUACUUUUAGAAACCACAUUGUUAUGUUGCCAUUUACAAUUUCAGGUCAAUAAGUAACUUUUUACCAGUUCACUCUCUAUGGUUCAUACCAUAUCAGUCAUUUAACUUACUUGUUUAUCCAUUUCAAAAAUGUGAUGGCCAAAAUACCAUUGAUUUGCAUUUUGUUUAUCUACAUGCGUUUCUAGUAACAUUACAUUACACAUAUUUGACAUGUAUUUGUAAAGUUCCUACUUAUUUUUAAGGUUGUUUUCUUAUGUAAUUGAUGUUCAUAUGAUCAGAUAAACUGAUUUCUAUGUCCUAUUUAUUAGGUUCCUGGAAUACAAGGCAGGGCAACAGAGUGAUGUCACACAGCCAACAAUAUCGUUAUUUACACAGAAAGUGCAGCUCUACAGCCCACAAUCGCCAAGGCAGCAAGCCAUCAGUGAAGCCAUUGUUCAAGAUUUGAUCAUUGGAUGUUGUCUGCCCCUCUCCCUCGUGGAAAAUGGACACUUUAAACACUUUCUUGAAGUCCUGGACAGUAAAUACACACCAAUCUCUAGAAAAACAGUUUCUGAGAGACGAAUUCCAGAAUUGGUCAGAAAAGUCAAGGAAACUGUCUUGGAGAAACUGAAGACCCAGUCGUCUGUGUCAUUAACAACUGACCUUUGGUCUGAUCGCAGGCUACGCUCCUUUCUUGGGGUGACUGCCCAUGUGUGCUACAAAUCUAAAGAUUGCUAUGCACUUGAAUCCUACCUGCUGGACUGUAGGCGUUUUACAGGGAGGCAUACUGGAGAGCACAUUGCGUCUGCCUUUGAGGAGAUCACUGAGGAAUAUGGUAUUCGUGACAAAAUUAGCUAUAUCAUAACAGACAAUGCACCCAAUAUGAAAUGUGCUUUCAAAGUACACAUGCCCCAGCAGCAAUCUGAUGACAGUGAGAGUGAAGAGGAUAAUUUAGAUGACGAGCACUUGUGGGAGGACAUUAAUUCAGAGGAAGACAUUGACUUACCAUGGUCAUCUGGUGAACGUCUUUCCUGCUUUGCACACUCUCUCCAGUUAGUUGUGCAUGAUGGUAUGAAGGAGGUCAAGACCAUUUCUCGCACCAUAGCAAAAACGUCAAAGUUCGCAACCCUUUUACAUAGCAGCUCACAAUUUAAAGAUAAGUUUGAGGCUGCAUUUGGCACCAAUAAAAGUGUUCCAGCUGCAAAUACAACUCGUUGGAACAGUACAUUUAAACAAGUACAGGCCCUUACAACUCUAGAACACAAAUCACUCAGUGAAAUGUGCAACAAAGACUAUGAGGAUGUCGUGUUCAGUGCGCGGGAGUGGAACCAGCUAAAGGAGCUAUGUAUAGUUCUUUCUCCAUUUGCUGAAGCAACAGAGCUGACCCAAGGGGAAAGAUCAGUGACUAUUAGUAUGGUGGUUCCAACUGUACUGGACUUGAACACACACCUCCUCAAGAUGGAGGAGACCCGAAUGCAGUGCCGGCCGUUGGUCAGAGCCCUCCAGCAGUCUCUGGUGAAAAGAUUUUCUGGAAUCUUUACAAAAACAAACAUGGCCAAAGACAGUGGAAGAGAGGAACCUUUUAACCAUGAUGUGUACUUCUUUGCUGCCAUGCUGGAUCCACAGUUUGGCUUAAGCUGGGUGGAUUUAGUUGUUACCAACGGAGGUAAUGCAGCAUCGGUGAAGAAGUUCAGAGAUGAACUUAAGAAGACACUGACAGACACAUUGAUCUUUGGGGUGGAGAACAUGGAGAGUACAGAUGACAAGUGCUCAGAAGCCAUGAAUGUGGAUCCAACCAGUCAUUCGCCACCAGCCAAAUGCCCUCGACUUCUGUCACGCUACAAGGCACAUAAGAAGCACAGCUCCUCUGUCCAGAAUUCAAGUAUUGCAACACAAUUAAACAGAUACUUUAAUGAUAUAAGAGACUGUGACAGUGACAAUGCUCUUGCCUUCUGGGGAGAAAACCAGUCCAAAUAUCCUCAACUGCACAAUUUGGCUUUGAAAGUGCUAUCCGUCCCUGCCUCCUCUGCACCAGUGGAAAGGGUUUUUAGUCGAGGAGGCAUUGUAAUGAGACCCCAUCGUGCACGUUUAGGUGCAAAAAUGCUGCAGUCUCUAAUCUUUCUGAAGUGCAAUGAAACCUUACUUUAAACUAAUUUUAUGUAUCACCUACUUUAUUUCAACCACUGUUCAACUACAUGGUUAUCCUUGUUCUCGAGUUUUGCCAUUGACGUUUUCUAAAGCUUUGGCGUAUUAUGAAACUGCUUCCAGUUGUAUAAUUUUAUUUUUGAAACGCAUGCAGUUGGGCCUCUAAAUGUCAGAUUUCUUUAUUAUGUAUGUUAUGUAUAAGUUGCUACAUCCAUUCAACAGCAGAGUUAAAGAUGCAGUAUGUAACUUUGUUAAAACAAAAAAAUAUCUUUGUAAAAGUUAUAUAGUUUUUUUUAUAUAUUUAUGUCACUAUGUUGUGUCAGUAUGUUAUGAGACCGACAAGCUGUGAAAAUAUUGAGCUCCUCUGCCUUUUCUCCAUGUUCCCAGUGCUAACUGGAGAAAUACACUGCUUGGUCAAAAACAAACCAUCUGAUCCAGCAAAAGGGUCUUAGAACUGAUAAAAGUCAGUCAUGUUUUUGUGCACGUAUUUCAAUGGGGUUUGUAUUUCUGCAGAUGGCAGUAGUCGCUCAGGGAGGAAGUGAAGGAGAUCAAUCUUUUUUUCAACAAAUUAUCUGUCUCAUAACAUAUUGUCACAACUUGGUGAUAGAUAUAGAUUUAUUUAAGAAAAGUUAUAUAAUGUAGCUAUAAUCUGUAUACGAGAGAGAAACGAGAGAAAUGAUUGGCAUUUUUUCAGUUUUACAUAUUUGCACAUGGUUUUGAAAUAGCACAUUUAAAAACAACAUAAAUGUAUGUACUGUUCAUGAAAGGCAGAGAAAAUACUAUUUUGAUCGACUUUGAUUGUUUGAAAUUCUGUGAUUACAACAUAGAAGUACUAAAUAAAGAUGUUUAUGUUUAUUCCA